GUUUGCUUGUUUUGUUUACUUCAAAAAAUAAGGUUAGGUUCAAGGUUGAGGUGAGAAGAUUUUUCAAAUGAAAAUGACUAAAGAAACCAGCGAACCGACGGCGUGCUGUGAAAAUGUGUCUCAGAAACUGAAAAUUCUAGCUAUCCACGGCUAUCGACAAAAUGCAGAAACCUUCAAAGCGAAAACUGGAUCUUUUCGAAAAAUGGUACAUAAAUGGGGCCAAUUCACUUAUAUCACUGCUCCCCACAAAGUUAUCCAAGUCGAUGAUCCACAAGAUUUAGGAAAAAAUGAAGGGCCCGAAAUAGGACAAAGUAAAGACGAUGAACAAUAUGGUUGGUUCUUCAAUAGAGAUGAUAUGACGUUCAGAGGAAUAAGAAAGGGUGGGCCAGCUGUAGGUUUUGAAGAAAGUGUCAAACUUGUAGAAGAUAUUUUUGAAAAAGAAGGACCCUUUGAUGGAGUACUUGGUUUCUCUCAGGGUGCUUGUUUUGUAGGACUUCUUUGUGAUAUGCAACAAAGAGGAUUGACAAAAUUUAACUUCAGUUUUGCAAUAAUGUCAUCUGGUUUCAAAUCUGGUAGCUUACCCCACUUGAAAUAUUAUGGUGAUAGAAUAGUCUUACCAUCUUUACAUAUUUUCGGGGAGAGUGAUAAAAUAAUACCAACUGAAAUGAGUGAGGCAUUGAGCCACUGUUUUGAGGAUCCCUCGGUAGUUAAACAUCCUGGAGGGCAUUACCUGCCAGCAGUAGCUGCCCAAAAACAUGAUUAUCAGAAGUUUUUCAAGUUGAUGCUUUUACAAAAGCAGUAUAAGGAUCAACAGUCUGAAAAACUUUAGUUAAAAACUUGUUCUUUAUCAAUUUCUGUAUGUAAAGUAUAUUAUAUGAUAUCUUGAAAUAGAUUCGUUGAUUGAA